AUGGCUAACAGCAAAUUCGGACCCAAGAUGAUGGGGUUCUGUUUUCUCCCUCCCCUGCAGGUGGAAAUCCUUGACUACAAGACAAAGAAGCAACUAUGCUUUCUGGAUAAGGUUGAACCACAUGCCUCAAUUAAUGACAUCAGAUUGAUGUUCCAUAAAUUUUAUCCUCAAUGGUACCCAGCAAGACAGUCAAUGAGACUCGAUCCCAAGGGAAAAGCCUUGAGGAAUGAGGAGAUCCUGCAAAAGCUUCCAGUUGGCACAACAGCCACCCUCUAUUUCAAAGACUUGGGGCCACAAAUCGGAUGGACAAUGGUGUUUUUGAUCGAAUACGCAGGAUCACUCUUCAUCUACCUCCUGUUUUACCUCCGAAUGCCUUUUGUCUAUGGCCUGGAAAAGAAACUCAUGUCAAGGAGGCUUCCUGUGGUCAACUUGGCAUGCAUCUGCCAUUCUUCCCACUACAUCAAACGAUUGAUUGAAACCAUCUUUGUCCAUCGGUUCUCUCAUGGGACCAUGCCUCUGAAGAGUAUCUUUAAGAAUUGCUUCUUUUACUGGGGAUUUGCUGCUUGGCUUGCUUAUUACAUCAAUCAUCCUCUUUACACGCCUCCUUCCUACGGACAAAAGCAGAUCAAUUUUUCUCUGAUCACCUUUCUGCUAUGUGAAGCUGGAAACUUUUCAAUCCACGUGGAACUCAAUAACCUGAGAGGAAAUGGACCAAAGACCCGUCGCAUCCCCUAUCCAACCAAGAAUCCAUUCACGUGGCUAUUUUUCUUUGUCUCCUGCCCUAACUACACCUAUGAGGUGGGGGCCUGGAUCAGUUUCACCAUCAUGACUCAGUGUGUCCCAGUGGGAUUAUUCACGCUGGUUGGCUUCAUUCAGAUGACAAUCUGGGCAAAGGACAAACAUUGCACUUACGUAAGAGAGUUCAAGGAUUACCCCAGUCUCAGGAUGCCAAUCAUUCCUUUCUUGCUGUAGGAAGCCAGGAGU